UAAUUUUCUCAUUUCUUCUCAAACGGCAUUCUUCUUUUAUCUCUCCGAUAUUUCAAGCCGGAUUCCAAUUUUCUCAAGGGAAUCUGAUCGGAAGAUCCUGAAACAUAUUCGGCGGCGAAGUGACCUCGCCGUUUUCUCUUCUCCGGUUAUGUGUUCCGCUGGUGAAUCAUCACCGGAACAGCAGAUCUAGCCACACAUUCCGACUCGAUUUUUUUACUUUUUUGAGUGACGACGAAUCAGCGGGAUCGAGAAACUUCGAUUAUCUGGAGAGUUGUUAGAUUAGUGAACUUUGAUCGGAAGAUCGAAAGUGAAGAGGGAGGAAUUUAGAAGGGCGAGGCAUUUCCGUUGUGGUGAUUUUGAUUGCUUUUUUUAAUUAAGAGAUCUGAUUUGGAUCUGUCUCCUUCGUGCUUCAGUAAGCUGUGUAAUUUUGUUGUGAAAAAUGGCGAGGAAAGGGUCGAGUAUCAGAUUAUCUAGCUCGAGAAUAUCUUCCCUUUUGCUCUCCAUGUUCGCAACUUUCGCUUCGUUCUAUGUAGCAGGCCGGUUAUGGCAAGAAUCCCAAACUAGGGUUCAUCUUAUCAAGGAGCUCGACAGGGUAACUGGACAGGGAAAAUCUGCAAUAUCAGUGGAUGAUACUUUGAAGAUUAUAGCUUGUAGGGAACAGAAGAAGACACUAGCAGCUCUUGAGAUGGAACUAAGUGCAGCCAGGCAAGAAGGUUUUGUUCCAAAAAUUCCCAAACAUUCUGAUGGAACCGAAACCAAGAAGAGACCACUUGUGGUGAUUGGUAUAAUGACAACUUUGGGUAACAAGAAGAAAAGGGAUGCAGUCCGGCAAGCAUGGAUGGGGACAGGUGCAUCACUAAAAAAAAUGGAAACUGAAAAGGGUGUAAUUGCACGAUUUGUUAUUGGAAGAAGCGCAAAUAAAGGGGACAGCAUGGACAAGAGCAUUGACGCUGAAAAUAGUCGAACCGAUGACUUCAUUAUCCUUAAUGAUGUCGUUGAGGCACCUGAGGAAGCUUCUAAGAAGGUAAAACUGUUCUUUGCCUAUGCUGCUGAUAAGUGGGAUGCACAGUUUUAUGCAAAGGCCAACGACAAUAUCUACGUAAAUAUUGAUGCUCUCGGAAGUACACUUGCAGCACAUCUGGAGAACCCACGGGCCUACAUCGGUUGCAUGAAAUCAGGCGAAGUUUUCUCAGAACCGAACCACAAAUGGUAUGAACCAGAGUGGUGGAAAUUCGGUGACAAGAAAGCAUAUUUCCGCCAUGCUUAUGGGGAGAUGUACGUUAUAACGCAUGCGUUGGCUAGAUUUGUAUCCAUUAACAGAGAAAUUCUUCAUGCGUAUGCUCAUGACGACGUGAGCACGGGUUCAUGGUUCGUGGGUCUUGAUGUUAAACAUGUAGAUGAAGGAAAGUUAUGCUGUUCCGCUUGGUCCUCUGAAGCUAUAUGCGCAGGAGUAUAGUAGUAGGACCAAAUUUAUAGAGACGUAUCCAAGUGUGAGGCUUUUUGCUGGUCAUUGAGAAGCGCACAUAAAAGAUAGUAUUUGUCUGCAUAUUGUUAAUUUCUCGAUGUAUCUUAAACUCACCAUUUUAUAACAUUUUACCCUUUGUGGGCAAUUUUACUUAUAACAAAAAUCUCUAAUUAGUAA